AUGGUUCUAUCUAUCUGGAGGGUUUCUCAAGGGUAAUUCGCAGAGCUAAUUUGGCAUUCUGUCCACCUCCAUGAGUGGUCUUGGUAUUUAAUACACGUGGCGUGCAUUGAUGAUACGGAGACGAAAGAAAUUGAGGUUAGAUCUGUGAGGAUGCCAUGCCACAGGAGGCGGCCAGCUUGUCAAAUUAGCCCUUAACCGACGCCAAGAUCAUCACGCGCGUGGCACAUGAUUGUUUGAUGCUGAAAUCGUAGUUGCUGUAUCACCACUCUACCUCGCCACCAAAUUCUCCCCGCCGAUCUCUCUCCCCUCUUUCUCUCUCUACAAUCCCCGCUAUUCCUGCCCUCAAUCUCGCCCCCCAUGGCCCUCGCCAGCGGCCAAUGCCGCGCCGCCAUUCUCAAAUCCUUCGUUUUCUUCCUGCUAAUAUCAUUCACUGAAGCCUCGAUUCACAGCUACGACCGAGAUCCGUUCCGAGAAGUCGGCACCGCUUAUCUCCUCUCAGGCGGCAGCGAAGGCGUCGCCGCCGCGCAGCACGCCCGCUCUUACAUCAGAUUCGAGAACAUAACAUUCUGGAGGAGUAAAGAAGCUGCUGAGCAUAAUCCAAGUCUGGCGUACAACGGUGGGUUGGUACAGGCUGUUAUUUUUGAAGCAUCUGAUCGCGAUAAUAUUGGUGGAUCUCCGUAUGGUGGGCAGAGAUCGAUCUGUUGUACCCCUGAUCUUGCCAAACUGGAAGGAUGCAAACAAGGAGAAGUGAUACGAACACCGUCAGCAACUGAUAAGAUUUGGCCAGUUGUUAUAAAUGUGCAGUUUAGAGGAAACAUGUUAUCCGCACAUUUGAAAAAGAAUAAAGAAGUAAACAUAAAGAAAACCGGGAUGUACAACUUAUUCUUCAUAACGUGUGAUCCAAAGCUCAAGGGACUGAAGGUAACGGGAAGGACAGUGUGGAGAAACCCUACCGGCUUUUUACCUGGUAGGAUGGCCCCUCUGAUGAAGUUCUAUGUAUUUAUGUCUAUUGCUUAUGCAAUACUUUGUGGCAUAUGGGUUUUCCAGUAUGUGAGACACUGGAACGAUGUUUUGCUGCUGCAACACUGCAUCACUUCUGUUAUAGCUCUUGGGUUGUUGGAGAUGACAUUCUGGUACUUUGACUAUGCGUACUUCAAUAGCUCUGGUACAAGGCCGGCUGGAAUCACAACCUGGGUCGUUACGAUUGGAGCAAUAAGAAGAACUAUUUCACGCAUCCUUAUUCUUUCUGUUUCUAUGGGCUACGGUGUUGUGCGUCCAACCCUUGGUGGUCUAACAACAAAGGUGCUUCUUGUUGGAGUCACCUACUUCUUGGCAACAGAAAUGCUUAACAUUGCUGAGUACGUAGGAAGCAUAAAUGACAUUGCAGGGCGAGUUCGAGUGUUUUUUGUCCUCCCAGUUGCAUUUUUGGAUGCAUUUUUGAUUUCAUGGAUUUUCACUUCUCUUUCAAGAACAUUAGAGCAAUUACAGGCUAAAAGAAGCUCUGUCAAAUUGGAGAUAUACAGAAAAUUCUCAAACGCUUUAGCAGUUACUGUUAUUGCUUCAGUUGUGUGGAUCGGAUAUGAGGUUUAUUUCAAAGCAACAGAUCCCUUCAAUGAAAGGUGGCAGAAUGCUUGGAUUGUCACAGCUUUCUGGGAUAUUCUUGCAUUUGCCUUGCUCUGCGUAAUCUGCUAUCUUUGGGCCCCCUCGCAGAGUUGCCAAAGGUAUGCAUACAUGGAGAAUAACGAAGGAGACACAGAUGAAGAAGAAACAGAAUCGUUAUGUAAAGAAACACCUAAAGGCAGUAUCGGUCUAGUGAAGCAAAACAGCAAGGAUGACGAAACUUCUGAUCAAGAAGAGGCCGAAGAAGGUAAAAAAGAAUAGUUGCUGUGUGAAUGAUGGAAAAUGGCUGCAAUACUAAGAGAGAACAAACUGAUUUGGAUGUUCAUGUAGACCUACCUACCUUCGACACGAUAAACAUAUUCAAUAUAUUUUUUUUUCAAAGUGUAUAGGCCAAAAUUGAAGCAUUGAUCCGUUGCAGAAAUUCAUGUGUUUCUAUGAGUGUGAUUGUAACGAUAUUGUUUAUGGGAUUCAGACAAUUGCUAGUCAGGUCAGGUUUUGUAGUAUUGUUGUGUUACUGUGUAGUAAUAUGUCACUUACAAACCAUGCAAUUUUUCAACAGUUGUACCUUUAUUUAUGUACGUGUAGUGAUUUUUUUGCCUUU